AUGUCUCGAAAAACAUCGACUAGUAGUCGUGAUUCAUCACAACAAUCAAGAUCAUUACAUCGGUUUUCUAAUAAAGGAACAAAUAAAGAUAUUCAAGAUCUUACAGAUAAAUUGAAUAGAUUCCGGUUUGGAGGAAAAAGUGCCAUAAGAAGAAGUUCAACUACAGCAAAAAAUUAUACUCUCGAUGAUCUAGUACAAUCAAUUAAAACAGGAAAAAUUAAACGUAUUGUGGUCCUUGCCGGUGCAGGAAUUUCAACAUUGAGUGGUAUACCAGACUUUAGGCAGGUAUUUUAUUUUAAUACUAUAACACCUGGCACUGGUUUAUAUGAUAAUUUACAACGUUACAAUAUUCCUUAUCCAGAAGCAAUAUUUGAGUUAAGUUAUUUUCGUCGUAAUCCAAAACCAUUCUUUCAUUUGGCUAAAGAAUUAUAUCCUGGAAGAUAUCAACCCAAUAUUAUACAUUAUUUUAUGCGAUAUUUGAACGAUAAACAAUUACUUCAUCGACUUUAUACACAAAAUAUUGAUUCACUUGAACGAGCUGCUGGUGUACCAGUUGAUAAAAUAGUUGAAGCUCAUGGUACAUUUAUGACUGCUACAUGUUUGAAAUGUCGUCAAAAACAUACGUGCGAUGAAAUUCGUGAACAAAUAUUUAAUGAUAAAAUUCCCUUGUGUAUAAAAACGAAAAAUUGUCAAGGAACAGUCAAACCGGAUAUUGUUUUUUUUGGUGAAGAUUUACCCCGUCGUUUUCAAUUGUAUAUGCAAGAUUUACCAAUGUGUGAUUGUUGUAUCGUUAUGGGAACAAGUUUAGCUGUAUAUCCAUUUGCUGAUAUUGUUGAUUGUCCUGCUCGUUCUACGCCACGUUUAUUAAUCAAUCGUGAAAUAGUUGGUACAUUCGUGUCUCCACGUCUCUACGAUGUUAUGAUGAUUAACGAUUUAGAAUAUAGUGUUAAAGAAUUAUUAACAAAAUUAGAAUGGAUUGAUGAUAUUAAAAAAUUAAUGAACGAAAAUAAUAAACCAACAUCGAAUAAAUCUAAUAAUCAUAGUAAUAAUAAUUCUGCUACAAACGAUCGUUUAAAAGCAGCAGAAGCAUUUUUACAACAAAAACGUCAUUUUUCAACCUUUCAAAAUGCUAAUAUACAACAAUCUCAACGUACAAAAGUAGGACAAUUACCAAAAAGUGUUUAUACGACUUCGACAAAACUAUUGAUUGAAAAACGAAAUGAUGCUUUAUUAUUAAAUCGUCGAAAUUCAAAAUCCGCUAUAGUUAAAAAAACAGUAGUGUUGACAUCUUCUUCCUCAGACAACGAUGAUUCUAUAAUGUCAUUUAAUAGUUCAAUAUCGGACACUGAACUGAAACCAUUUUCACUAUUUAAAUCAACAAAAUCAAUAUCAAAAGCUAAAUCUGACUGUGGCAGUACUGAAAAUAAUAGUCAGUCAAAAUUGAAGCGAUAUCCAUUGUUUCAUGCAACAUUAAGAACAGAUACCUGA